AUGCUGUUCCCAACACCACGAACACCACGCGCAAACGCCCAGCACACACGAAUACGGACGAUGGACGAGAGCAGGAUAAGGGAAGACAAGGAGGAGAACGAGAACGAGAGAGAGGACUCAGAGGAGAUGUACAGAUACAAGUCUAUCACAGUGAACUCCUGCCGUGCUCUUUGGUCUGUCUCUGGUAGCCUCGGCAAACAUAUUCAAAUAUUGGCAUGUACCUUGAUAAAUAUUUGCCCAUCAAUGAAUUUUGAUGCCAGAACAUAUCUCGAUCAUCGCCAGCUGUCGAUAUCUGAUGGUAGGUUGUCUCUUACUCUUUCCCGCCGAACUAUGGGACAUUCGACUCGGGGGAGAUCUCGUAGCUCAUCAUCCAGGCAGCAUGUGGCUACACAACAUUGGCUUUCCAAGCCAGGAGUUCGAGAAGCCCAAAACGCCAAAGCUCGUGCUCGAGUAGCUCUCAAUAGGGCAAGGAAGAAUAAAAAACUCGCUGAAGAGCAAAAGGCACCUGUCACAUCAUCGCUACUUGAUGAUGGCUGCGAAGACCCACAGUCAGUGUGUGAAGAACUGUCCCGCAAUGACAGUUGGGACGCCCGCGAUGACAGUUGGGACGCCAACGAUGAUUCAGUGCUCACGAUGGAAAACGAUCUGCCCUGCACCUGCAACCCUCAAACGCUGGAUAACAUUGAGAUUCAGGUCCGGAUGUGGCGAAUGGAAUGGUUAUUAUCAGCAGAAGACACGUGGGGUGAAGCAUAUGAGGAAGCGCUCGCGCAUGCUGAGGCGAAGGGGGGACGUGAGGCUAAUAUUUUCUUGGAUCAAUGUGCGCAGCAUGUUUCAGAGGGGAGGAUGAUUUUGGAUAGUAUCCGGGAGGUUGUACACACCAACUGCCCUUAUUGCAGGCAGCGCCUCAAGUACGACAGCAUUCUAUUGUACGAUUUGCUCGUCUCCCUGAUGUCAGAGAUAAAAUUCAUCGAGGUUAAACUAGAUACAUCGAUACUGUAG